UGUGAUCGUGACGUGUCUCACCGGAGAGUUCCUUAAAGAGAAAAAACCCCGAGGCUAGGUGGCUAAUAUGAAGUUGGCCAUUUUCGUCGCCGAUGAUAUCGAGUGAUUCGGGGAGAAGACACGGAGCCCCCUCCUCUCUGGUCGGUACCUUCGGAAGCCAUGAUGCGUCUCGGGCUCGCCGGAGGAGACCGACGGGCUGACAGAAGUGUGACGCGACGCUUCUUUCUGCUCGCCGCCGCCGCCUCGUUGUUAUUGUUGUCGGUCGGUGCCGUACCGGAGGAGCACAAACCGGCGCCGGAGCAGCCCCAACCGGAGAAAUCCUCGAGUCCCCACCCGAUCGGCCCGGUGGUUUCUGAAGAUGUCCCCUCCGGCAAAGGAGACCUGGGCUUCAUCCACGCCUUCGUGGCCUCCAUCUCCGUCAUCAUCGUCUCUGAGUUGGGCGACAAGACGUUUUUCAUCGCGGCCAUCAUGGCCAUGCGGUACAACCGCCUCACCGUGCUGACGGGCGCCAUGCUGGCUCUGGGCCUCAUGACGUGUCUUUCUGUGCUGUUUGGCUACGCCACCACCAUCAUCCCGAGGAUCUACACCUACUACGUGUCCACCGCUCUGUUCGCUAUCUUCGGCGUGCGCAUGCUGAGGGAGGGGCUGAGGAUGAGUCCCGACGAGGGGCAGGAGGAGCUGGAGGAGGUGCAGGCCGAGAUCAAGAAGAAGGACGAGGAGUUCCAGCGCUCCAAGCUGGUGAACGGCGGUCCGGACGUGGAGGCCGGCUCCGGCGCCGCCGCGCCUCGUUGGAAGUGGCAUGGCUUCAUCUCGCCCAUCUUCAUCCAGGCGCUCACCCUCACCUUCCUCGCCGAGUGGGGCGACCGCUCGCAGCUCACCACCAUCAUCCUGGCCGCCCGCGAGGACCCGCUGGGCGUCGCCAUGGGGGGAACGCUCGGCCACUGCCUGUGCACCGGGCUGGCCGUGGUCGGGGGGAGGAUGAUCGCCCAGAAGAUCUCCGUCAGAACCGUCACGAUCAUCGGAGGCAUUGUGUUCCUGGCCUUCGCCUUCUCCGCCCUCUUCAUCAAGUCGGACGCCGGAUUCUAAUUGGACGAACAGACUUUCCGGCGUUCUUUGUACAUACGUGUACGAUUUUGGUGGCGUUGCCGUGAAGACGUAAGUCGUUUUGACCCCUCCCCCCUACAGUAUGUAUGACUGAGGGUUUUCUGGUGGAGGUUUUUCUUCUCCUCCCGUUAUCAUGAAGACGGAGCAGCGCUCGGCGAGGAGGCGUGGCCAGGAUUUGAGUGACAGGCGACCGACGGCGAGACAAUGAGGCCAUUUAGAAACAGCUGCUGCCUUCUUGUUUUCUUUUGAAUGUGUUUUUGUUUAUUCCUCUUCCCUCUGGGGGACGCAUUAAACAUCCCAUAAUAAGAGGCGACUCUACGGGAGAGCGCGAGUUCAUUUCCCCCCCGCUGCCGUCGCUAGGCAGAAAGACUGAACACAGAAUCCACUGUAUUUUAAAAUAAUUGAAAUUUUGUUUUUUUUAUAUUGUUUUCUGAGGUAAAAUAAAGAAGAUAACGACAUCAAGGUAUUAAAUAGGCAGAUAAAUAUUGAUUUAUAUAAAAUAAGUCGUGCUGCUUUCCCCGAUUUAUGAAGUAGCUCAUAAACACCCCUCUCUCCCCCUCUCUCUGUCCGUCUGUCUCUCUGUUUGUCUUUCUCUCUCUCUCCCUUUCUGUCUGCCUCUCUCUGUCUCUAUCUCUCUCUCCCUUUCUGUCUGUCUCUCUCUGUUUGUCUGUCUCUCUUCCCAUUUUUGAGAUGCGAUUAUUAAAUUUAGUUUUUAUUUGAGGUUGUUGGAAUAUUUCUUCCUCUUCUUUAAACCCUGGAGUGGUCUCUCUCUCUCUCUCUCUUUGUCUCGCUCUCUUUUUUUUUAAAGGAGACCCUGAACCACUAGAUUACCUCCUGUGUCUCGCCUUUAUUUACUAUUUAUUCAUCCUCGUUUCCUCUCUGAUGCCCAGGUACUGUAGGGGGGGGAUGGAAAUAUAUUUUUUAAGGUGUACCGACUUAAAGCUGCAUCGUCAAUAUUUGACAGGCUGUGAAAUACUUUCUGUUUGACACCGGUCGGUUUGAAAAUGCCUAUAAAUGGAAAAAAAGAGAAUAACAAAGUUUCAUGUUAAUAAAGUUACAGAAUGUU